AUGGAUGAGAGGCUAGCCAAGGUAGAGGUGACAGUAGUUGAUGUGAGGGAUAAGCUUAAAAGGAUAGAGGCUCGCUUUGAGGAUAUGGACUCCAAGGAGGAAGAGCUCAAAAGGGAACUGCAAGCCAAAGUGCUUGAUGUUUAUGGAUCUGAUGGUUGUGGGCAAGAAAGUGAGCUCACUAGUGGACACAAGUGCCUUACAUUUGUUUAUUUCAGAUGCGUGGUGCAAAUGCUUUGUACCAUUGAGGCAAAAGUCCAGGUUAGGUCCAAGUUGUGUAAGGAUUAUAGGGCAUUAAAUAAGCUGACUAUCAAGAAUAAGUAUCCUAUCGCACUCAUUGCAGACUUGUUCAACCAACUUGGAAGCACAAGGUGGUUCACCAAAUUGGAUUUGAGGUUAGGUUACUACUAG